UAUGUACCAAGUCUCACCCAGCCGACCUUUGAGAUCACGCGUAGCUUUGAGAUGGAUGGUCUCCACGGAGACGACGAGGCGCACACGUUCCCUCGCUUCCCCUACUUCUCGGCGCCGUCGACGCCGCCGCCACUCGCGUCACCACUGGCCUCGUCGUCGGACGGUCAGCACAGCCCGCUCGCCGCAGCGCUCCAGCAGCUGGCCCCGCCGCCGUGGCCGUGUACUCCUCCUGAUCUGACCCUUCAGCCGGCGAUGGGGGACGUGGACUGGUCGUCCCUGUUCCAGACGGAGCUGGUGGCUCCGCCGGAGCAGAAGGAGGAGGCCGUGCAGGCGGAUCAGAGCGGGGAGAACGACGGCGAGGCGGGUGGCAGUGGAAGUGGUAACAAGGAGAAGGCGAAGGGAAGCGCGGGGAGAUCGGGGAAGAAGAAGGCGAGCAAGCCGCGGUUCGCGUUCCAUACGAGGAGCGAGAACGAUAUCCUGGACGACGGCUACCGCUGGAGGAAGUACGGGCAGAAGGCCGUCAAGAACAGCUCCAACCCUAGGAGCUACUACCGGUGCACCCAUCCCACAUGCAACGUGAAGAAGCAGGUGCAGCGCCUGGCCAAGGACACGGCCAUCGUGGUGACCACGUAUGAGGGCGUGCACAACCACCCGUGCGAGAAGCUCAUGGAGGCGCUCGGCCCCAUCCUGAAGCAGCUCCAGUUCCUCUCCCAAUUCUAAUCAUCCGCAUCCGGCCGGCAAGCUUCCAUAAUAACCUGGUCAACCCACAAAAAUACAUGUAUAAUACGUAUGUACCAGUUGCUGCCAACUUGUAGCCUUGUAGGGGGGAGUAAAGGAGAAAAAAAAGUGCAUACUUCCUCAAUUCAGUGCGUACUACAACUGUAUCUGUAUGUAUGCAUGAUGUUUUUAUCUUAUCGCUCUGUCUGUUACGUUCUUCGUGAUGAUACAUUCAAAAUAAGACACAAAAUGGAUAUGU